GGUGACACCGUGGACAAAAACAUCCGUGAUAUAAAAGAAGGAAAUUCAUGGGGGGGAAAAAAUAUUUUUAAAAGUUUGAAAUAGUUACUACAAACUUAAAGAAAAAUAUAUAAUAUUUCCACUUUCGUAUUUCCCGCCGAGUACCUCCUCAACGCCACGAUUCCAUCGUUCAACGCAACGGUGCCAAUAGCGCGUCGAUAUUAUUGUUUUUAUUAUCACCGCAUGAAUCCUCUGUUGUCCGGACUCCGGUGUCCGGUUAUUUAUUUAUGGUUAGGUGUGAGGUGAGAUGAUCGGGUGAUCUCCAUUCUCCAAGGAAAUAAAGACCAGUCGACUUUUGUGCUGUAGGGCUUUUUCGCCUUUUCUGUCUCUCAAAAUGGAAGAAUUGUUUUCUGCUGCGGAGGAAUGUUUGCAUCGUGCUGAAUUUUGCAUAAUUGAGGAGGAUGAAUUACAACUAAGUGCUUUGUAUCCAAAACUGGAAUCUAUUUUUCGAGCUUUGGGAAACAUCUAUGCUAAUGAAAGUGAUGGUGAUGUAGCAGAAAUUAGUAACUUUUUCUUGAAUCAAGUGACUGAUAUCCUAGAAAUAAUAGAAGAAGUUCUGAAACACCCUACAGAGGCAGGUGUUAGGCUGCCAAAAACUGCAAAUAAUGGUCCUGGUCGUCCAUCAUACAUUAUCCCUGAGGAAGAAGUCAAGAUGUUGAAGAAUACAGGUCUGGCGUGGACCAAAAUAGCAGAUUUUUUUAAUGUUUCUGCAAAAACUCUCAAACGGCGAAUGAAGGCCUCUAACUUACAACUUGUUGAAAGAAAGACCAACAUACAAGACCAUGACUUGGAUGUCGUCCUAAGAGACAUUAUUGAUGAACAUCCCUCCUCUGGUUACACCUAUGUUUGGGCAUCCCUCAAAGCCAGAAAUAUUUUUGUUCCAUUCAGACGUGUCAUAACACGGAUGAAGGUGUUAGACCCCAUUGGCAUUUUCCUACGGUCUCGCAGAAGAAUUUUGAGGAGAAAGUUUAAGGUUAAGGCUUCUCGAUACUUGUGGUGAGUAUCCUUACUGCGCGAGUCUGUACUCGGCUCUUUUUUUAAGGUUUUUCUUUUCUCUCUUGACAAAAUUUUAUUUCUUUUCCUAGCUAGUAGCAUUGUUUGAAUUUGUUCACUCCGAGGAAUCUCAAAUUGAUAACCU